UUGAGCAACCAGUUUUUGUGUUUUGCAACCAGUUAGCCUUGAAAAAAUUUGAUGGUACUGGGAAGUAUCUUUAAAUUCUGCUCAUUAAACAACAAGCAUUGAAACAACGCACUACAAACUUCUGAUUGGAAUUUCAUAUCCGACUCAAAAUCGAAUACAAAGAUGAAUAAAUUUGCAGUCUGCAUUUUAUUCACAGUUUUAAUCGAAAUACAGCUGAUUUUUUCUGUUUCAUCGCAAUCAGUACAAAGUAGACACUACAGACCUUAUUAUCCAAAUAAAUGCAACCGCAAUGGACGAUGCCCUUCGAGAGAUGGAUACAUUGAAGAAGACGACCAAGAUUUUAAGACAGUCUCAGACAAAGACAGGCCGCCUGAAUUGACUCGAGACGAUUGGCCCGUUCCAUCGGGAGGAGGACGUCCUGGUACUGGAGCAGGUUACAAACCACCCGUUGUAGACAGAGACGAAUAUGAUCCCAAACCUGUCGUAGACAGAGAUAGUUACGAUCCUAAACCAGUUGGGAGUGGAUAUAAUAGAAAACCUCCAGUAGACAGAGAUGACUACAAACCCAAACCCGUCGAUGAUGGAGGACCAGUAGGAGGCGGAUACAACAGGAAGCCUCCAGUAGAUAGAGAUGAGCACAAACCAAAACCAGUCGACGAUGAAGGAGUGUAUAAUCCAAAACCAGUCGUGGACAGAGAUGAUUACGUUCCCCGUCCUGUUGGGGAAGGAGGAGGUGGGGGUGGAGGUGGAGGUUACUAUCCAAAACCUGUCGCGGACGAUUCGAAUCGUCGGCCUACAGGAGAUAAGAAAGACCUUGGAGGUUACGGUGACCCAAAGGAUGAUGACUAUAAUGACGAUUAUGGUGUCGGGGAUGGCUCCAAAGACGAAGAUUACAUCGAUGGUAUUAAGCCUAUUCCAGUAGUAGAUGGGAAUUGCAUUUGCGUACCCUAUUACCAGUGUCAGGAUGGCCAUAUUGUCACUGAUGGUGCAGGAAUAAUUGACGCUAGAAAAAGACCGGAACCGGACGAAGAACUGCCCUUGGAUGGAAAAUUCAAACCUCCUUCGUGUGGUCCAUUCCAUGUCUGUUGUAAUACACCUGAAACAUCGACGGUGAAGCCCUACGAGCAUCGUUGUGGUGUUCGCAAUCCAAGUGGCAUCAAUAGCAGGAUUCUCUCCCCCAGUAACAAAGGCGAAGCAGAUUUUGGUGAAUGGCCGUGGCAGGCAGCCGUAUUGAAAGCAGAGGGAAAAGUGAACAUAUUUCAAUGCGGAGGCGUGCUCAUUGAUAAGUAUCACGUUUUGACCGUGGCUCAUUGUGUAUUUCAUUUAUAGUAAGUAUA